UUUUAUAUGACAACACACGCCAGUUGUCAUAGAAUUCUUGUUCUGGUUUUUGUCUCUGUGUUUUCCGUAUCAAUUUGUAUGUCAAUUAUCAAUUAACCCCUGUUUAAUGAUGGCUUGUUGAUUAUUAAAAAGCUGUGGUUAGUACUGAUGCUAUCGAUGUGCACUGCGGAGCUUGUUUAAAACAUGGCUACGGGUGGCGAAGAUCUGUGGCGCGAGUGCGCAUCUUGGUUGACGAGAUGUGGCUUGCUGCAUCCCGACCAUAAGGCAAACUGGGAAAAGAGCACUAUCCAUGAUUUGGCAUACACCCUACGAGAUGGAGUGUUGCUGUGCAAUUUGCUGAAUGUACUUCAUCCCGGCUGUAUUGACAUGAAGGAUGUGAACCAACGACCUCAGAUGGCACAGUUCCUGUGCAUGCGUAAUAUCAAAGUGUUCCUGCGAACAUGUCACGAGGUGUUUGAGCUGCGCGAGACUGAUCUCUUUGAUCCGUCCAUGCUGUUUGACCUCUCCAACUUCCACCGUGUGCUGUGCACUCUGGCCAAACUCAGCCAGUGUCAUAAGGCACUAAGCAGAAAUAUCAAGCCGUUUUCAGCACACAGAACUCAAUCAGAAGAGGAUAUCUACAAGGAUUUGCAGUCUGUUAGCGCUGGAGUGUCCCUCGAAGCGCCUGCAUACAACAUGAACGAAAGCCCGGAGCACCCGGCCCAGGCCGAGGUCCCCUGGGUGCAGUUCACGAUACCGAGCGCGACCUGCGAGGACCGGGUCGAGGAGAUAUACGAGGACCUCUGCUAUGUCAAGUUCACGUCGGCCAUGCCUGAGCUCGCGACAUCGUCGCACAGUCUAGAGAAACGGGACUAUGUUAUAAGGGAAUUGGUGGAUACGGAAUGCAACUAUGUGGACGUGUUGAGCAAAAUUAUAAAGCACUUCUUGAGACCGCUCACACCGUACUUGAAGCCGCAGGAUCUACAAUACAUAUUCUUCGGCAUAAAGGAGCUGCACGAGAUCCACUCGGGGCUGCUGCGGCAGCUGAAGCUGGCGACGGAGGCGUGCGUGCCGGGCAGCGGGGCGCCGCGGCUGGCGGACGUGUUCCUGGCGUGGCGCGAGCGGCUGCUGCUGUACGGCGACUACUGCUCCAACCUCACGCAGGCGCAGGACACGCUCAAGGCGCUCGACGCCAGGGACUCCACCUUCAGCAAGCAGCUCGAGAAAUGUCAAAAGGAGCACAGCGACGGCCGGAUACAGCUGCGCGACAUACUGUCGGUGCCGAUGCAAAGAGUGCUCAAGUACCACCUGCUGCUCGACAAGCUAGUACAUGAAACGCAGCCGAAUCACGAGGAAUUCCGCGGCCUGGAGCGCGCCAAGGAGGCGAUGGUGGAUGUAGCACAGUACAUCAACGAGGUCAAGCGGGACAGCGAGGUGCUCGCUCUGCUCACCAAAGUACAGGAGAGCAUAAUCGAUUGGGAGGGCGGAGCGCUGGGUGCGGGUGGCGCUGGCUUAGCGGCAUACGGGCGGCUUCUACUCGACGGGGAGCUCAAGGUGAAAGCUCACGAGGACCAGAAGCUGCGCUCCAGAUACGUGUUCGUCUUCGACAAGCUCAUGCUUCUAUGUAAACCAGUCAAGGACAACCAGUACUCGUACCGCGUGGGCGUGCGGCUGGCCGAGUACCGCGUGGAGGAGGGCUGCGGCCGGCGCGGCGGCACGCGCGGCGAGGGCCGCUGGGCCGCGCACUUCUACCUCGUGCGCCGCACCAAGGACGCCACCUUCACGCUGUACGCGCGCUCCGACGACUGCAAGCGCAAGUGGGUCAAGGCCAUCCGCGACGCCAUAGACAAUUUAGAACCGUCAGGAUGUCGAAGUACGAACCACAAGUUCGUCCUGCACACGUUCGAGAAGCCGGCCACGUGUCAUCAUUGCUCCAAGUUCCUCAAGGGUAGAAUAUUUCAGGGCUACUUGUGCACGGUGUGCAACGCGUGCGCGCACAAGGAAUGCAUCGCACUUUCGGGGCGCUGCGGCGGCGGCGCGCCGUGCGUGGGCGUGGCGCCGGCGCCGGCGGGCGGCGGCGGCGGCGGCGGCGGCGGCGGCGGCGGCGCGGGCGGCGGCGACCAGGCGCUGCACUACUACAUGUGGUACGUGGGCGAGAUGGGCCGCGAGACGGCCACGGCGCGCCUCGAGCGGCGGCUGGACGGCACCUUCCUGCUGCGCGUGCGGCCGCAGCCCGCGCACCACCCCCACCACCCACACCACCCGCACCACCCCGACAACGACACCCACUACGCGCUCUCGCUCAAAACGGACAACACAGUGAAACACAUGCGCGUGUGCCGCAAGCCCAUCGACCAGGUGCCGCACUACUACCUCUCGGAGUCGCGAUUCUUCCGAAGCAUCGUCGAGCUCGUCUCCUACUACGAGAAGACGAGCCUCUCGGAGAAUUUCAUAGGACUGAACUCAAACCUGCGCUGGCCAUUCCGGCGUGUGGUAGCGACAGUGAUUCACGACUUCCGUCCGCUGGAAUCGUCGCAGCUGGCGCUGCGGCCCGGCGCCAAGGUGCUCGUGCUCAGCAAGGAGGGCGAUGGCCGCGGCUGGUGGAAGGGCAGGACCCUCGACAAGGGAGACAAUCGCUCGGGCUAUUUCCCGAAGGAAUGCGUACGGGAGGAGCCCGAGUGCAUCGGCGCGCUGGACUGAUGUCAGCUGUGCCUCGCCGAGCGCGAGCUGCACUUCGCCACGCCGCCGCCGCUGCCGCAGGCGACGCGAGCGCCCCCGCACGACGACAAUUCGCCCGGAGACCUCGUCUGAGGACUUCACACAGAAAUAGGUCUA